UCCGGGCUGCUGCCGCCCCUGCUGCUGCUGCUGUCUCUGCUGCUCGCCGCCCACCCGGGGGGCACCGUGGCCCGCUGCCCAGGCUGCGGCCCAGGGGCGCCGGCGGCCGCGGCGGGCUGUCCCGGGGGCUGCGUGGAGGAGGCGGACGCGGGGCCGCCCGAGGAAGAGUGUGCGGAAGCCGGCGGCUGCCGCAGGCGGGAGGGGCAGCAGUGCGGGGUCUACACCCCGAACUGCGCCCCGGGCCUGCAGUGCCACCCACCCGAGGACGAACCCGCGCCGCUGCGGGCGCUGCUGCAGGGCCGCGGGCGCUGCGUCCGGGCGCGCGCGCCCUCGGGGGAGAGCCCCAAGGAGGGUAAGCACCAAGCAGGCUCUUCUCGCCACCACGACGGGAACCGCAGAGACCAGCAGAGGAACUCGGGACCCUCCACCUUGCCCACCCGCCCCAACCCUGGGGGCGUCCAAGACACAGAAAUGGGCCCCUGCCGCAGGCAUCUGGACUCGGUGCUGCAGCAGCUCCACACCGAGGUCUUCCGAGGGGCUCACACCCUCUACGUGCCCAACUGCGACCAUCGGGGCUUCUACCGGAAGCGACAGUGCCGCUCCUCCCAGGGCCAGCGCCGAGGGCCCUGCUGGUGUGUGGACCGGAUGGGCCAGCCUCUGCCGGGGUCCUCUGAAGGCCACGGAAACUCCCCCUGCACCAGCGCCGGGAGCAGCGGCUGAGGCUGCGGGGGCCGUGGGGGCGCGGCGGGGCCACUGGCCGGAGCCUUUGUCGAGGGAUGAGUAACUCCAGCCCUGAGCCCCACAUCUACCCGCUUCAUGCCUUCCCCGCUGUCCCCGUACCCCGGGCCCGCUCGCGUGGCAAGAGUGUGCGUGCAGUUUGGGGUACCAAUAAAGCAGUGUGG